AUGAGUCGCCAUGGCAUGGAUCAGAACGACGAAAUGUUUCUCACCUCCCCAUCUGACCGCGACCCCCCGACUGUCUCCCCAUUGAGAAUUGUCAAACGAGAUACUCCCUCCCCCCGCCCAACUGCUGGCAAUACCACGCAGCCUUCCGCGUUCAGUCCGCCUCCGCAAAGCCCACCCCCGCAAAACCCCCUGCCAUACCCAGACGACCGUCCACGGCCGCAUCAUAUGCAAUCCUUUAGCCCCUCCAAUACCAGGCCCCCUUAUCCUGACCAUGGGCCGUUGCCCUCCACUGUAAAACAAUCGUCCAAACCCUCCUCGCCGCAUUAUUCUGGUUCAGGAGGAUCGAGUCCUGCUGACAUACCUCCUUCUCUGCGGCCUCGGGAAAGACGAAAUUCGAAGACAGCCCAGUCUAGUCUGGCGGAGAGAAGAGGAACAACUGGCCCAAAGCCCUUACCGGAGUCUCCAAUACUUCAAACAUCAGAUAAAGAAGGAUUGUUUCAAAAACUUCCUCAGCGCCCACCAGGAGGAGGCGCGCACACUGGAGGCAUGCCAGAACAACGGAGAAAACCUUCUACGGAGGUGAACUCGUAUCCCGAUGUCCCCCAGCAAUACUGGAAUUCGCAAAGCAAUGCUCUGGCUUCGUCGAGCCUAGCAGCCCCACAGCCAACCCAUUCGGUCAAUCGUCUCGGCUCUACCGCCUCGACCUCAACGACGAAAGCAAACCGCGGCUCUCCUCCUCCACCAGAAACCCCAAUUGUGCCUCCAGGUCGCUCCGAUAUUGAAUCCCGAUACGCUGCAGCAGGAAUCGCCGGCACUUCGACUCUCACCAAUCUCCAGGCCCAGAGUGCUGCCGCGCAACAGCGUGCCCAGCAGUAUACCGCUCCCCAAACACAAACCCACCUCUCCCAACCUCAGAACUCGACUCCCAGACCAUGGACGCCGACAGAAUUACCCGGUAGCCAACCGCAUGGUCCACCAACCGUAUAUCAGGGACCCGUUCCCACAUCCGUGCCUCCUCCGCAGACUUCAGGCCCGGCCAGCCAUCCACCCCCAGGCCACCCUGCUGGCUACCAUCAGAACCACAACCCACUAGAGGAAGAUUUCCAGAGAAUGAAUUUGACUGCUUCUCCUCCUCCCGCGUACUCCAGCCUUGGUGGACCAGGACCUGGCGGGCCUGCGCCCCACAGCUACCCAAAUGAAAAGCAAGGCGCUGUCGCUAUCGCAGGCGCUCAUCCCGCCUCAAUGAUCGCGAUGAGCAAUGCAGCUAUGACGCCAUCUACUCUGGCACCCCAUUCCCACACUCCUGCUCCGAGUACUCAGGGCCAUCCAGCAUUUGCCAAUGACCCCAGACAAGCUGAUCCUCGCACUUCGCAACCAAAUACCCAGAAUGGACAUCCUGGUGUCCAACCAGCUCCUCUUAACGGCUCGCCUGCACCUCCUGGGCCCUCCCCAGCUUCCCCUCCUCCACUCCCUGAAGGCUGGAUUGCACACUUGGAUCCCAACUCCGGACAAUACUAUUACAUUCACCUUCCCUCUCAAUCUACCCAAUGGGAAUUUCCGAAGGGGCCGACUCCUCUCAAUUUGAAUGAACCCAUGUCACCCGGAGUCACCACUUUUGGUGGCCACACAAUUGCUUCCCCGGGCCUUUCUACGUUUGGGCCUAAUCCGUUGGCAUCGCCUGGACUAUCUACCUUUGGACAUCCACUAGGGUCACCGGGUCUCCCUAUGACACCCGGGUAUGAGGGAAGCGUUAUGAGUAUGAGUACUGCCUUCACUGGCCCACCACCUGCCAGCGGCGUUGAAUUGUAUAAAGUUGCCCCAACCAAUGGAGUAUACUUUGGCCCUUAUCUUCGCUACACCAAUAUGGACAUGGAACGUGGACUCUGGUUGGGCUCAAUUCUACUGGUAACUGAUGCACCCCAGCCGCCAACUAUCCACAUUCAUCAGAGCGUGGACUUGUCUCCAAAUCCGAGACAACUCAAAGGACUGCCAAUUUCAACGCACCAGCGGUGGACUUUCUACAAAUAUAGCAUUGAUCUGACCAUGGAAGAGUACCCUGCCAAAUGGACAUAUGCGAUCACCUCGCACCUAGGAUGCACAAGAUAUGAAUUCCUCGUCGCAGGUCGUAAUGAAACCAACUGGCGUUUUAUUGCAACAUCUGGAAACGACUUCUCCCUUAGUGUGAGUGCCAAUGAGAGGGCCCGCCUUGGUGGUGCUGGAUACAUGUGGAAAGAUAUCAUGCAAAAACAUACGGAAUGCGGAGGCUUCCAUGUCCACCUUGGACUUGGAAGCCAGAUCAAUGCCGAUCGGAUUUGGAAAGAGAUCCCAUCGCUCAAACAAUGGCUUACCAUUAGCGGCAAGGAGCAGAGGAAAAGCGCAGUGUGGACGGCCGCCCAUGAGGAGGAUGUUACACAUGCGUAUUUCCACUACUAUACAAGCCACUUUGAUCAACCGCACAUGCGCGAAGCAUUUGCUCAGAUUCCUCAUGUAUUACAAGUUGAUGAUCAUGAUAUUUUCGACGGGUUCGGUUCAUAUCCGGACCACAUGCAGUUCUCGAAUAUGUUCAAGAACAUUGGCAGAAUCGGCAUCGAGAUGUAUCUCCUUUUCCAGCACCAUACAACUUUAGAGAUUUUGCGCCAUGUAAGCAACGAUAUGGACCUUUUUACUAUAACCGGGACAGGGUGGCAUUUCGUUAAAUUCCUUGGCCCUGCCAUCGCUGUGGUAGGGCCUGAUUGCCGUUCGGAAAGAAACCCCCAUCAAGUCAUGGCAGGGCCUACCUAUCAGGGUCUCUUCCCCAAAGUUGUAACGCUACCUCCCAGCGUGCAACAUUGCAUCUGGAUGAUCUCCGUACCACCUAUAUACCCACGGUUAGAGUCAACAGAGCACCUCGCGCAGACGAUAGCUACCGGGAAAAAAGCUGUUACUGGAGCCUACAAUGUCCUCGGUAAAGUGACCAGCUCCGUUGCUGGUGUUGUGGGCGCUAAGAACGCAGUGGGAUCUGGGUUCAACUCUGUAAAAAGAGCUGUUGGCAAGUCCGGACUAAUGGGUAGCGUUUUGAGUCCGUUUGGUGAAAUUGAAAUCCUCGAUGAACUGCGGGAUCAGUGGACUCAUGACUCGAAGGAUCUUGAACGAACCUAUCUCAUCCGCACCCUCCAAGGAAUUGCCCACCAAAAGAGCAUCCGAAUGACUUUCCUCUCAGGCGCUGUCAACUGCUGCGGCGCUGGCCUCGUCCACGACCCCUCGCACCCAACUGACCACAAAACCAUAUACCAGAUCAUCUCCUCCUCCGUCGUCAACACGCCCCCACCAUCCUAUGUCAUGAAACUCCUCCACGGCGGUAAUAAAGCGCUCUACAUUCCCGCAAACGGCCAACGAGCCACCCCUGGCACCGUCACAGACACGAAGGAAGACAUGAUGGAGAUCUUCCAGACGGAUGUCACGGGUCAACCACGCGAACACCGCAAACUCAUGGGCCGCCGUAAUUACGUGGCCAUCGUGGGAUAUGAUCCGGAAAAUGUACAGACGAAUUACGGGUUAAUGAGUCCAACAACACCGGGAAUGAUGGCGGCACCGGGCUCGUUUCCCAAGUUGAGUCUUGCGGUAGAUUUCUUGGUGCAAGGGGAAGGUGCCUAUGGAAAUGUUGUUAAAUUCGGACCGGUUAUUGUGCCGAGUUUGGAUUUGGGGAGGUAA